GUAAUGAAUGUAAUCUGCACUUGCUCCUAAGUGUAACCGCUAGAAGUCACCUGGCUGCCGACCUAAUGCUAUAGGGCGCCUUAUCUCCCGAUCAACGCCUUGAUAAAGUCAGCAGGACCUUCCCAGUUGUCGAUCUGAAAGACAAGAAGUCGGGUCUUCGUGGCUGCUUCUGAGGCUUAGCUCUGUUGAGAUAAUAGUUUUACAUCCUCGGGUCGUGUUCGAAUCCCUGACCAUGAAUGUGGUCCUACUGUUGUGUCUCUGUGCUGUGACUGUUGUGUCUGAGAAGUGUUACACUGGGUAUGGCUGUUUCCAUACCUUCGGCUCUUUCAAGGCUUUGCCCCAAGAACCGGAUGUGAUAAAGACAGCCUUUGAAUUGUUCAGUAAGCAUGGGAAUUCUGUCCUCCUGGCCACGGACAGCUCCCACUGGAGAAGCUUGUUGAGUGCUGGACAUUUCAGUGCAAGCAAGGAGACGAAGUUCAUCAUCCAUGGAUUCAGCAACAGUGGUCACACGUCGUGGGUGACUGAGAUGAAGAAUGAUCUGCUGCAGAAGGGUGACUUCAACGUGAUCGUGGUGGACUGGGGCAAGGGCUCCUCAUUCCCCUACACUCAAGCCACAGCCAACACCUUCCUGGUGGCCGCCGAGGUGGCCAAGUUCGUCAAGUAUCUGCACUCAUCGCUCCACGUGGACCUGAAGAAAGUUCAUCUGAUUGGCCACAGUCUUGGGGCGCAGAUAUGCGGUAAUGUUGGUGCCGCAGUCAGAGGCAUCAGAAGGAUUUCAGGUCUGGAUCCUGCCGAACCCUACUUCAUCAACUUCCCUGACUCCAAUCGCCUCGACAAGUCGGAUGCCUCCUUCGUCGAUGUUAUCCACACCGACGGGGAGAAGUUUAGCGGCAUCGCAGGAUAUGGCAUGAUGAAGGCAUGCGGGGAUAUCGACUUCUAUCCUAACGGGGGCGAGGACCAGCCCGGGUGCUCUGACAACCCCCUCGGCAGCCUGCUCGGCGGCAUAUUCGGAGGCCACGCCGGUCAGGCAACGAAGUCCGUUUCAUGCAGUCACGGACGAGCUAUUAAAUACUUCAUCGAGAGCCUCAAGUCCAGCACGUGCAAGUUCACAGGUCACACGUGCAGGGACUGGGCUUCAUACGAGACGGGCACCUGUCAUGGCUGCCCUUCCGGCGGAUGUCCGGUGAUGGGUUAUGACGCUGAUCAAACGUCAGACAGGGGCUCAUUCUACCUCAGCACGGGACAAACCGAUCCAUUCUGUGGGCACGAGUUUUUCGUGGAGAUUGACCUUGCCUCUGUCGACGAGAACGCUUUCGGGCGUCUGUACGUGACAUUAACGGGGUCAAAGGGCACAAGUGCAGAGGUGGAGUUCACGAGGGAAAACCGCCAUUACCACAAAUCCGACCACGAGAAACACAUGAUCGCCAUUCAUAAGGACAUAGGAUCUGUGUCGAGUGUGAAGGUCAAGUUUGACAAGGGGGAUGGACUGGCGGGGUCAGGGACGGACACUGAAGUCAUCGUCAGCCGCGUCUUCGUCAGGGACGCAAACACGUCUAACCAGGUGAAAUUUUGUGGACAUAACGCUCAUAUUCUGGACGACAAAUCCAUAAGUCUGACGUCACACAGUGGGUGUUGACGACACUUGGUACUGGCUAAUGUAGGGUGAUGUUGAUUGGGGUCAAUAAAUUAGACUCAAUAUUU